AUGGCAGCUUGGCUAGAUCUGGUGUCAGAAGCUACAGGCUGGACACUGGUCGAUACGGGCCGGUUAGAGAGCCUGGUCCAGGGCAUGAGCCAUCCUGAAAGCCAAUAUCCCUCGCUUCUCUACUUCGCAGGAAAUGCGUCUCGCGUCAAAGCACUCCAGGCGUUAUUUCCGCACAAUAACAUCACUCGCAGAGGCCCAGCUGGCUUUACAAGACUACAUCUUAGUACAGAAACAGCUAAUUCUCAACAUCCUGUCCUUUUCGCAGAAGGCAGCUUACGUAGGGAUUCUGGGCAGGGUGAAUCAAGUCUAUGCCCUUGGCCAACUGAAAAACUUCAAAUUUAUCCAAUCGUCCCAAGCAGAAAAUCAACUAUCGCAGACAUACAGUGUCAUGUGCUAUCUAAACUUAUCCUGCCAUGGACGCAAGUUCUAUGUUACUUUGUAGAUACCACUGCAGAUUUAUAUAAAAUACGCCAGCUGCUUACAAUUCCUCGUCGCAAAGCGAGGAUUGGAUCUCAACCCAUUCCGGAUUUCUUGCGUGUCAUUGUUGUUUUGAUCGGAAAUCAACAGGAUGCGGACUACAAUGCCGCAUUCAAAGAAUUGGUCCUUUAUUCAGAGAUGGAAACGGAACUGGAUGUCACGUUUAUGGACCUACGAAAGCGCCACGAGCUAUCUCCAGCAGCAGCAUUUGAACCACUGCGUCGUGCCAUUCUGGACCAUACAAGUGCCAUCCAAAAGCAACAAAUCGACCAAGGCUUCGCAUAUUCUGCCCAGCAUAUAUGUAAAUUCUGGAGACGAACACUUGAGCUGGAAAUGAGAAGAUUGGAGGACUCAUCAUUAGACUGCCUCGGGGUCGCGCGAGAAAAUGAUGAACUGAACUCAGUGAAGACAGAUCACAUAGUGAGUUUUCUACAAGAGACAUCCGACUCUGAAUGCGAUAAAAACGAUAUCCAUGCAUUCAUCGCAUCUGCGCUUCUAAUGAACGCUUACCCUCCAAAUAUGCACCCUUAUGUGUUUAGUGAACUUUAUGAGCAUCAACUAUUAGAGGCUUGGAGGGCCCAAGCAAACGCCCACCCAGGAACUAGCAGUGAUGCAGUUCUAACUUAUAUGAAGCAUUUCUUUGACCAGAUGAGUCCAAGAAAUCCCUCCGCAAUUAUCAGAAAAGCCGCGCUUGCGAAGUAUUUCCACCGGUAUGGAGGAUUAUACUCAACUACCUCCUGCUUUUUAUGUCUCUGCAGACAUCCUGAGCAUAUGAUGCCAUGUCAUCAUGCAAUUUGCGACACCUGUGCCGUCAUAUUUGGGCGGCCGAGUAGAAGUGCUGAGUAUCACUUUGAUAUCGAGGAGUGCCCAUUAUGCCUCCAGAGUUUUGACUUGACUAUCCGCCAACUGCCUCCCACGAAGCGGCCUGUCAUUCUCAGUUUAGAUGGUGGUGGAAUUCGCGGUAUUGUACAACUAGGCCUUCUUCGUUCUCUGGAGAGAAGACUCGGGGGCGGAAUACCACUGCCCCACGUAUUUGAUCUGUCGAUGGGUACCAGUGUUGGGGCCAUAAAUUUAAUGGAUUUAGUCUUUAACAAGGCUUCUGCGGAGCAGAGUUUCCAAAGGUUUCCACAAUUUGCACAGGAAAUAUUUGGCUCAACGAGCGCCUUUAAGGAGCUUUCUAUUUUCAAAUAUUUUUCCUGGGUAGGAUACAUCGUUGGGUUUCUGGCUGACUGUCAAUACGAUGGAAAGAACCUGGAAGAAAUAUUAAAGAAAGCUCUGGGCCUGAACCGUCGAAUGUUUGAUGUGGGAACUACCCCGUGCACGGACUGCCGAGUUGCUGUUAUCACAAGUCGAACAUCCGACGGCAAAGCAUGUUUACUAGCGAACUACAGAGGCGUCGGUGUUCGUUGUAAUGAAUCAGCGUACCAGUUUCUCCUGCCCCAAGGUCAUGAUCAGAACCCUUUGUUAUGGGAAACCCCGUCGGGUCAUUCCUACCCUUCUAUCGAUUCUUUCGGUCCUUAG